UCUAAAAUAAAUAUGGCGGAAAUUUGAGAAUUAAAAAAAUAAUGGCAAACUGUGAAAGGAAAAGUCAAAAGAAACUAUGGAUUGGAAACUUAGAUAAAAGAUUGACUGAAUACAAUCUCCUCAAGAUAGUUCAAUGUUAUGGUGAAAUUGAGAAUUUCGAAUAUUUGUUUCACACAACUGGCCCUAACAAAGGAGAACCAAGGAGCUUUUGCUUUGUCGAGUAUAAAAGAAUAGAGGAUGCAAAUAAAGCAAUAGAAAGAUUAAAUGGAAAAAAGAUCAUGUCUCAUGCUGUGUGUGUUCGUUGGGCAAAUAAAAGUGCUCUCGGAGAAGAAAAAGCAGAAACUCUUCCCAGAAGAAAGGAGGAGACUUGUCAAAAGCAAAGAAAUGAAUUAUUAAGUCGUGAUGAAAAAAUCAAAGCGAUCGAACAAAAGCUUAUAUUGAUGCAGGAUUCAGAUAAAUGUAAAAAGCCACCCGUCGUUUUUCGUGGAAAACAUCCCAUGCUCGUAAAAACAGGAAAACAGACAGAGAUAAAUGCAAAGAAAGACAGAGCAGUAAAACGAAGAGUUCCCUACUCCACUUCGAAGAAUGGAAACCGCUAAAAACGUCGUAAAAUUUUUUGUCGUUUAAGCAGGAUUACCAGACGGUCAGUCACCACGCGUUUCUUGGGUAUCCCAUGGAGUGAAGCGUACAGAAAAUUAUGGAAAAUUGAAAUCAAGGUUUGCCAAACUGUAUAAAUACGCGCUCUUUCUAAUCGAUCAUUUAUCAGCAAAAUUAGCUACACGUUUCAAUCAAGUGCCAUAUCUCCUCCACUCGUACUCAGUGCUUUGCACAUAAAGAUUAUUUAUAUAAUUUAUAAUCUCUAUGACUUUGCACACACCGGAGAGCGCCUUUGUGUAAAUCAUUUGCUUUCUGCUUCCCAAGGACAUAAACAUUGCUUGUUAUCUUAAAUACGAAAGCUCUGUGUCGAUAAAAGCUAUUUUUUAGUUACAUUUCUUAUAGUUUCACCCAGAAACACGCAAGUAAUCUACAAAAUAUAUUGUGAUGUUGAAUAGUGGAAACAUCGAAAAGUCA